UUAUUCAAUAUAUAUAUACAUACAUGUAUAGAUUCUUGAAUCUUGAUUGCUUCAGGACAUGUUAGAUUAUGCAAAUACUAGCAUGUGUAUUAUAUUAUAUAUAUUUUGCAUACAAUUAUAUGAAACUUCAUUAGGUCAAGUUGUUACAUCAAGAGGACCAUUUGACCGAAAAAUCGAUGAACAAAACCCCUUCAUUACAUAACAUCUUCGGAAUACUUUCCCAUAAAGAGUCUUGGUCUUGGUAAUAAAGAUACCAAAAAUCCCAUCUGCCAAUAGCAACUUUCAUUCUUUGCUCUCCCAACACUUCACCUUCUUUAUUACAAUCCCAUCUCUUUUGCUUCUUACAUCACUUUUUGUCUGAAAAUUUCAUUCUCUCUUUUCCACAUGGAUUUCUUCAUCUUCAUCAAACUCUUGUGCUGUGUUUUUCUACUUGCAAAAGCUUGCAAUUCGACUAUCGUUUCUUCUCCCGAAAUACGGUCCCCGUUUUGGAUCGACGGCCUUGAUCAUCCGAAUCAAAGCAGUCCCACAGGGUUCAAUCUAUUCUGCAGAGAAAACAGAACAAUGAUCCAUUUUCCCACUUAUGGAGAUUUGGUGGUCAAGUCAAUAUCUUACGAAACCAGAAGACUCGGUCUUUUGGACCCGAAAAAUUGCGUUCAUGAAGUUUUCUUGAAUCUAAAUCUCUCUCUUACUCCAUUCAGUUAUUAUUACGAUCUCAAACAGUACAAAUACAUCAACUGUUCAUCCAAACUUGUCGGUUCUUUCGAACAAGUUCCAUGCCUAAGUGGUACUAAACACCACGUGUACGUCGUGGAAUCGUCUUUUUCUUCGAUGCCACUUUCGUGUAGUUGUGUGAAAACCGUUGAGAUACCGUUUUCGUACAGUCCGUAUCUCUCUGAUAGUAGUUUUGGUCUUGGGCUGACGUGGAAUUCGAUUGGCCUCGAAAAUGGCGAAGAAGCGACCUCGUCUCGUUGUACGCUCGGUUUCCUAUGUGAACGGUUUCCUAUGCUCGAGAAAUCUUUGAAAGUAUCAGCCCUAAUCGCGAGCAUUUUCAUAGUCGGGAUGCUUUUCUAUGCAACUCGCUCUCGAUAUCGCAAAGAAGUUAAUGCAAGAAUGGUUCAAGAAACGUUAGGUGAUCAGUUCGAGAUUGAAGAAUUACUGGGCGAAUAUAAAUAAUUAUGUGGAGCUUUGAAUUUAAAAUUUAGUUGCAUUUGUAGAUGUAAGUAGGAGUUUAUUACGUUUGACACUAUUUUUAUUCUAACUGUUUAAGAAAAUUUUAUGUUACUUUUAUUAGCAAAAAUCUUUUGUGAUUCAA